CCCUCUCUUCUUUAAUUCCUUCUUCUUUGUUCUCCACGACCUUUAAAAGCAAGCUAGGGCGCCAUUGUGCGUAAUGGAGGCUCUGUUCCAGGAACCCAUAGUGGAGUCUCUGUUCCAGGAAUCCAUAAUGGAGGCUCUGUUCCAAGAACCCAUCACCGCAUCAAACGAUUUCGUAUACAAUCAUCAUCACUCUGAGCAAGCGGAUAUAAGUCGGCAGAGAUUCUUCAAUCCCAGCGGCAGUAGCUUCUCAGGAAUCUCAGGCAUGACGAAAUCUGGUACAGAAGCAGAAGAAGGAGUAGAAGAGGAAGGAGACUACACAGAUGCGACUCUGAAAUUCAUAAGCCAGAUGCUAAUGGACGAGGCAGAGGACCUGGAGAAGCAGGGCUGCAUGUUCACCGACUGCACGGCUCUCCAAGCCCAUGAGAAGCACUUCUCCGACGCCCUCCACGGCAGCGACGGCGACCCUUCUCCUCCGAACGGAAAACGGACCCACCACCACUCAUCGCCGCCGGCCGCCGAAGAAACCCACGAGAGGAGCAACAAGCUGCAGUUGGCUGAAGAAUCCCAUGAGCCGCCGUUGGACGACGAUACAUACUACGACGCCAUUCUCUUCCCCUCCAAGAAAACAGGAAAAAAGGCGGGAAGGAGCGGCAGCCACCGCCGUGGCGGCAAGAAAAAGAGAAACCCGAAAGAAGAAGUCAUUGAUCUCCGAGCUCUGCUCACUAAAUGUGCACAGUCCAUAGGGGUUAAUGACAGAGGGACGGCUAAUGAGACCCUUAGGAAGAUAAGGCUGCACUCUUCUCCCUACGGCAAUGGAACCGAGAGGACGGCGUAUUAUCUCGCCAUCGCGCUCGAGGCGCGAAUGAACGGAACGGGGACAUCGCUCUACUCGUCGUACCAUUCCGACGUUAUCUCCGCUACAGAUAUCUUGAAAGGUUUCCACACGUAUAUCAAUGCAAUCCCCUUCAAGGUAGUAUCAUAUAUGAUGGCCAACAAAUACAUCAUGAAGCUUAUAGCAGGAGGAGCAACUAGGCUGCACAUCAUAGAUUUUGGUAUUCUGUAUGGCUUUCAAUGGCCAUGGUUCAUCGAAGGUCUCUCGGCCAGACCCGGAGGUCCACCGAGGCUUCGCAUUACUGGGAUAGAAUUCCCCCAGCCAGGAUUUCGACCCGAAGAGCGGGUCAAGGCCACGGGCGUUCGGCUGGGGAAAUACUGCGAGAGACUAAAUGUCCCGUUUGAGUUCAAAGCCAUAGCGAAGUCAUGGGAGAGUAUAACACUCGAAGAGCUCGAGCUCGAGCGGGACGAUGUUGAUGAUGAUGAAGUGGUAGUUGUCAACUGUAUGGACAGGCUAGGGAACGUGCUUGACGAGACAUUGGUGAUGAAUUGCCCAAGAGACAUUGUACUCAAUCUCAUCAAGAACAUCAAUCCACACGUGUUCAUCCACGCAGUCGUGAACGGAACCUACCACACCCCGUUCUUUGAAGUGCGAUUCCGGGAGGCACUCUUUUAUUUCUCCUCAUUGUUUGACAUGUUCGAUGCGACUGUGCCUAGGGAAGACAAAGACCGGAAGCUCUUUGAGGAAGUAAUGUUAGGGAGGGAUUCGCUAAAUGUGAUCGCUUGUGAAGGAUCUGAGAGAGUGGAGAGGCCGGAAACGUACAAGCAAUGGCAGGCCAGAACCCUUAGGGCUGGGUUCCAGCAACUCCCACUCGAUCAAGAGAUCGUCGAGUUUCUGAAAGAGAAAGUGAGAUCAGAUUAUGACCACAACUUUUCCAUGGAAGAAGAAGGGAAGUGGUUGUUGCAAGGAUGGAAAGGAAAGGUACACCACGCUGUCUCAUGUUGGAAGCCUAAAAACAACUAAUAAGCUAAUGAAGUUCUUGGAAUCUCCACUUAUAUUAUUGCAAUUAGUAACUCAUUCAAGUGACUAAUAUGCAUUUAUCUUAAUGAGUUGUCAACUUGUCAUUACAUAUAUAAUAUAUUAGAAAAUUCAGUUCGGAUUAAUUAGCUAUAUCUACUCUUGAUGAGAAUGAAUUAGCAAUUCAUUCAAGAGAGUAAUAUGAUCCUUUC